AUGAGCGCCAUAUAUAAAUUAUCUAUUCAGGGUAUACGGUCAUUCGACUCAAAUGAUAGGGAGACGAUUGAAUUUGGCAAGCCUCUGACUUUAAUAGUCGGCAUGAAUGGUUCAGGUAAAACAACUAUCAUCGAAUGUUUGAAAUACGCCACCACAGGCGAUCUUCCGCCCAACAGUAAGGGAGGGGUUUUCAUUCAUGACCCAAAGAUAACGGGUGAAAAGGAUAUUAGAGCUCAGGUCAAACUGGCGUUUACGAGUGCUAAUGGACUCAAUAUGAUUGUUACCAGAAAUAUUCAGUUGCUAAUGAAAAAGACAACUACUACGUUCAAGACUUUGGAAGGCCAGUUGGUCGCUAUAAACAAUAGUGGCGACCGCAGUACUUUGUCCACCAGGUCUCUAGAAUUAGACGCUCAAGUACCCCUUUAUCUGGGAGUCCCAAAAGCCAUCUUGGAAUACGUAAUAUUCUGUCACCAGGAAGACAGCCUUUGGCCACUAAGUGAACCGUCCAAUCUUAAGAAGAAGUUCGAUGAAAUCUUCCAGGCGAUGAAAUUUACGAAGGCUUUGGACAAUUUAAAAUCCAUAAAAAAGGACAUGUCCGUGGAUAUCAAGUUAUUGAAGCAGUCAGUAGAGCACUUGAAGUUAGACAAAGACAGAUCUAAAGCAAUGAAGCUUAAUAUUCACCAAUUGCAAACGAAAAUAGAUCAGUAUAACGGAGAAGUAUCUCAAAUUGAAUCUCAAUUGAAUGAAAUAACUGAAAAAUCUGAUAAGCUGUUUAAAUCUAAUCAAGAUUUCCAAAAAAUUCUAUCCAAAGUGGAGAACUUGAAAAACACAAAACUCUCAAUCAGUGAUCAAGUGAAAAGGUUGUCAAACUCAAUUGAUAUUCUAGAUUUAUCGAAACCGGAUUUACAAAACUUAUUGGCAAAUUUCUCUAAGGUUUUAAUGGAUAAGAAUAAUCAGUUGAGAGAUUUAGAAACCGAUAUUUCAACUCUGCGAGAGCAGCAAUCAUCUUUGCAAAGUCUUUCUGAUUCCCUCAUUAGACGGCAAGGUGAAUUAGAAGCUGGUAAGGAGACAUACGAAAAGAACAGAAGUCAUCUUUCAUCGCUAAAAGAAACCUUCCAACAUAAGUUCCAAAGUCUUUCAAAUAUUGAAAACAACGACAUGGCUCAAGCAAAUCAUGAUAUGUCCCACUUUAAGGCCUUUAUUUCUCAAGAUUUGACUGACACUAUAGAACAAUUUGCAAAGGAUAUUCAACUGAAGGAGACAAAUUUAUCCGAGUUGGUAAAAUCAAUAACUGUCGAUUCGCAAAAUUUAGAAUAUAAUAAAAAAGACAGAUCUAAAUUAAUACAUGACGCGGAAGAACUUGCUGAAAAAUUAAAGUCUUUUAAAAGUUUGGCCACCCAAGAUGGUCUUAAUCAUGAAUUAGAAAAUCUGAAAACCUACAAAGAAAAGCUGCAGUCUUGGGAAAAUGAAAAUAUUAUACCGAAAUUGAACCAGAAAAUAGAGGAGAAAAAUAAUGAGAUGAUUAUUUCAGAGAAUCAAAUUGAGAAAUUUCAAGAUCGCAUAAUGAAGACAAAUCAACAAGCGGACUUGUAUGCCAAACUAGGGCUAAUAAAGAAGUCUAUUAAUGCUAAAUCGGAUGAGUUGCAAGAGAUCACAGAAAAACUACAAACAGAUUCCAGAAUAAAGCAGGUAUUUCCCGUUACCCAAGAAUUUCAAAGAUCUGAUUUAGAAAUGGAUUUUCAGAAAUUGUUCAUUAAUAUGCAAAAAAACAUCGCUAUCAACAAUAAAAAGACGCAUGAAUUGGAUAGAAGAUACGCAAAUGCUUUGUACAAUUUGAAUACUAUUGAAAAGGAUUUACGGGACAACCAGCAAUCAAAAGAGAAGGUGAUACGACUAUUAAACGAAAACUUACCAGAAGAUUGUACUAUUGAUGAAUAUAAUGACGUCCUGGAAGAAACGGAACUCUCCUAUAAGACUGCACUAGAGAACUUAAAAAUGCAUCAGACCACUCUGGAAUUUAACAGAAAAGCCCUGGAAAUCGCUGAACGUGACAGCUGCUGUUAUUUAUGUUCUAGAAAGUUUGAAAAUGAAUCGUUUAAAAGUAAGUUGUUACAAGAACUAGAAACCAAAACAGACGCAAAUUUUGAAAAAACUUUGAAAGAUACUGUCCAAAACGAGAAAGAUUAUCUUCAUAAUUUAAGGCUACUGGAGAAACAUAUCAUUUCAUUAAAUUCCGUAAAUGAGAAAAUUAAUAAUGCUCAGGAAUGUCUUGAAAAAGCUAAGGAGGAAACCAAAACUUCCAAAUCAAAACUAGAUGAAUUGGAAAUGAAUUCAACGAAAUUGAAAAAUGAAAAGGAGUUUGCUGAGUCUGAGAUUCGUCCUUUGAUUGAGAAAUUUACCUAUUUGGAAAAGGAGCUCAAAGAUCUUGAAAACAGUUCUAAAACAAUAUCUGAGGAGUUAUCAAUUUAUAACACCAGCGAAGAUGGUAUUCAAACCGUUGAUGAAUUAAGGGACCAACAAAGGAAGAUGAAUGACUCUUUACGUGAACUAAGGAAAAGCAUUUCAGAUUUGCAAAUGGAAAAAGAUGAAAAAGUGAGAGAAAAUUCAAGAAUGAUUAACUUAAUUAAAGAGAAGGAAUUAAUGGUUUCUGAAAUUGAGUCAUCUUUAACACAGAAGCAAAACAUUGAUGAUUCUAUAAGGUUGAAAAAGGCGAACAUCAAAGAUAUUGAUUCUAGAGUCGAGACUUUAGAAGCACGUAUUAUUUCAUUAAAAAACAAAAAAGAUGAAGCCCAAAACAUUCUAGACCAAGUAAAAAAUGAACGUGAUUUUCAAGUACGCAAUAAACAAAAAACUGUGGCAGAUGUUAAUAGAUUAAUAGAUAGAUUCCAGACAAUAUACAACGAAGUGGUUGAUUUUGAAGCUAAGGGCUUCGACGAACUACAAACAACGAUAAAAGAAUUAAAAUUAAAUAAAAUAAAAAUGCAGGAACUGAAGGAACAACUUGAUCUCAAAACAAAUGAUGUUAACGAAGAAAAGAGAAAACUUGCAGACUCAAAUAAUGAGGAGAAAAACCUGAAGCAGAACUUGGAAUUGAUUGAAUUGAAAUCACAACUUCAGGAUAUUGAAUCCGAAAUUAGUGAAUUAGACGUUCAAAAUGCAGAAGCUGAAAGGGACAAAUAUCAAGAAGAAUCACUAAGACUGAGAACAAAUUUUGAAAAGUUGAGCUCUGAAAAUGCAGGUAAACUAGGUGAAAUGAAACAGUUACAGAAUCAAAUAAACUCAUUGACUCAUCAGCUGCGUACUGAUUACAAAGACAUUGAGAAAAAUUACCAUAAAGAAUGGGUUGAAUUACAAACAAGAUCCUUUGUUACUGACGAUAUAGAUGUCUAUUCUAAAGCAUUAGAUAGUGCCAUUAUGAAAUAUCAUGGAUUAAAGAUGCAAGAUAUUAACAGGAUCAUUGAUGAAUUAUGGAAGCGUACGUAUAGUGGUACUGACAUAGACACCAUCAAAAUUAGGUCGGAUGAAGUUAGUAGUACAGUGAAGGGGAAAUCAUACAACUAUCGUGUUGUAAUGUACAAGCAGGAUGUUGAAUUGGAUAUGAGAGGAAGAUGUUCCGCGGGUCAAAAGGUUCUUGCAUCAAUUAUUAUCAGGCUGGCUCUAUCUGAAACAUUUGGUGCAAAUUGUGGCGUAAUUGCACUAGACGAGCCUACAACAAAUUUAGAUGAAGAAAACAUCGAAAGUUUAGCGAAAUCUUUACACAAUAUAAUUAAUAUGAGAAGGCAUCAAAAAAAUUUUCAGCUAAUCGUGAUCACUCAUGAUGAGAAGUUCUUGGGACAUAUGAAUGCUGCGGCAUUUACUGAUCACUUCUUCAAAGUUAAAAGAGAUGAUAGGCAAAAAUCACAAAUUGAAUGGGUAGAUAUUAAUAGAGUCACUUACUGA